AUGGCGGUGCCUGGGGAUGUCAGAGGAGGCCUGUCUGGGCUCCCCAAUAUGAAUGGAGAAGAGGAGGAGGAGGAAGAAUCAUAUGAGGUGUUGCUGAGUGUGUUUGCCCAGCAUGGGCAGUUGGGGUUGUGUUUCUAUGACAGCAGAGACUUCACUCUGCACUACAUGCCUGACACCUCAGACAACCACGAGCUCCAACUGUUGGCCAGAGUGGUCCAGGAGGUGAGCCCUCAUGUGAUCAUUACCAGUGCUAAGCAGGAACGCUGCAUGGUCCAGUUCAUGCAGGGACUGGGAGCCAACCCAGACUACAGGCCUGAGGUGGUGACCUAUCCUUAUGUGGACUUUGGUCUGGAGGUCAGUAAGCAGAGACUGUUGUCUGCCCAUUUUCCCUUCCUUCCUCCUGCCGUCUCAGAGAGAGAGAGAAUCUCCUACCUCUCCUCCUGCAUCUCCUUCGACCCCCCCCUCAUGCUGCGGUCAGUAGGUGCGUUGCUGAAGUGUCUGGACAGGAGGAGAGUGGGAGUGGAGCUAGAGGACAGUAGUGUGGGAGUCCCCAUCUUACAGUUCCACACCUACACACUGAAAGACGUAGUGUACGUGGACCAGGAUACUUACAGCGUGCUGCAGAUCUUCAAGUCGGAGCUGCACCCCUCUGUGUACAAGCUGCAGUCUGGGGAGAAGGAAGGGCUCAGUCUCUAUGGGAUACUGAAUCACUGCAGGUGCAAGUUUGGCUCCAAACUGCUUCGCCAGUGGUUUCUGAGGCCGACUCGUGACCUGGCGGUGUUGAACAGGAGACAGGAAGUUGUGAGAUUCUUCUCCUGUCCACGCAACUCUGACUCCCUAAACACUUUGCAGUCCUCCCUACGCAACAUCAGGAACAUCCCGACUCUCCUGCGUUCGAUGUCUCUGUCUCACACCAAAGUCUCUGACUGGCAGGGUCUCUACAAGACAGUGUAUAGUGCGGUGUGUAUCAGGGACACAGUGCGCUCCCUGCCUCAGUCCAUCCAACUCUUCCAGGAGAUCAGUGAGGGAUUCUCAGACGACCUUUACUACAUCGCCUCGCUCAUCAGCAGAGUGGUGGACUUUGAGGGCAGUUUAGCAGAAAACCGUUUCACUGUCAAACCCAAUGUGGACCCUGCUAUAGACGAGAAGAAGCGGAGGAUGAUGGGACUGUCUGACUUCCUGACGGACGUGGCUCGCAGAGAGCUGGAGCACCUGGACACCCGCAUCCCCUCCUGCUGCGUCAUCUACAUCCCCCUGAUAGGGUUCCUGCUCUCGGUCCCUCGGUUGCCCAGCAUGGUGGAGAAAGAGGACUUUGAGAUAGAGAGCCUUGACUUCAUGUUUCUGUCUGAGGAGCGUCUGCACUACCGCAGUCAGAGAACUAAGGAGCUAGAUGACCUGCUGGGAGACUUACACUGUGACACCAAAGACAUGGAGACAGCGGUUAUGACACAGCUGCAGACCACAGUGCUGGGGAGAAGCGCCUGUCUGUACAAGGUUCUGGAUCUGAGUGCUGAGCUGGACUGUCUGAUGGCACUGAGCCAUGCCUCCCAGGAGUACGGAUACACUACCCCCACUCUGGCCAACCACCACAGGAUAACACUCAGACAGGCCAGACACCCUCUGUUGGAGUUGUGUUCUCCUAUGUUUGUGUCUAACUCCUUCCUGAGUUCUGAGACUCGGGGACGGGUCAAGAUCAUCACCGGACCCAACUCAUCUGGCAAGAGCAUCUACCUCAAACAGGUGGGUCUGAUUGUGUUCAUGGCUCUGAUUGGUUCUGACGUGCCAGCGAAGGAGGCAGAGAUUGGUCUGGUGGACGGAAUCUUCACACGCAUGCAGAGCAGAGAAUCUGUGUCUGUAGGACUCAGCACCUUCAUGAUAGACCUCAACCAGAUGGCUCAUGCUCUGAACCACAGCAGCGGUCACUCACUGGUCCUGAUUGAUGAGUUUGGGAAAGGAACUAACACGGUGGAUGGGCUUUCCCUUCUGGCGGCAUCUAUCUCUCAUUGGCUGAAAAGAGUUCCAGCCGAGGUUCCUCACAUUCUAUUGGCCACUAACUUCCACAGUCUGCUACAGCUGGGUCUCCUACCUUCCUCAGGCCUGCUGUCACUACUGACUCUGGAGACAGCGGUGGAUGGGGAUGAAUUGGUGUUUCUGUACCAGCUGAAGGAUGGGAUCUGUCGCUCCAGCUACGCAGCCAACAUCGCUACACUGGCAGGCCUUCCCCCCAGCCUCGUACAGAGAGGAGUGGAGGUAUCUGAACUGUACAGAACAGGAAAGACAAUUAAACGCAUCGACCGACCAUCUACAGAGGAGCAGGCAAACAAGUGUGUUUGUGUGGUGAAGAAGUUCCUGUGUGUGAACCUUGAGGACCAGAGUGUGGAUCUGCAGCGCUACAUGAAGGAGGAGCUGCUUCCCUCUGGAGGAGAUCUGCUCUAACAGCAACACUACUGUAUACCAGUACUACUGUUGUCUGUCUAACAGCAACACUACUGUAUACCAGUACUACUGUUGUCUGUCUAACAGCAACACUACUGUAUACCAGUACUACUGUUGUCUGUCUAACAGCAACACUACUGUAUACCAGUACUAUUGUUGUCUGUCUAACAGCAACACUACUGUAUACCAGUACUACUGUUGUCUGUCUAACAGCAACACUACUGUAUACCAGUACUACUGUCGUCUGU